AUGGCUUCCUCGGUUUUCUUCAAGUUCAAGUCACAAAAAGAGCCCACGCGUGUCGGGUUCGACGGGACAGGCAUAUCUGUCUUUGAGCUGAAGCGUGAAAUCAUCUUACGGAGCGGGCUCGGCGAUGGGACCGACUUCGACCUUGUCAUCUGCGCCGAUGAGGGCAUGAAGGAGGUGUACGAUGAUGACACGACAAUCAUUCCGCGGUCCACCACCGUCAUUGCGCGACGUAUGCCGCCCAAGAUUCCCGGGCGGGGAGGUGCUGCUCGCUAUGUCUCCGGCAAGAUGCCCGUUCACGCAAAGAACUCGUCGCGGAGAGAACAGAUUGUCAAGCCUGUCGCCAAGACUCAGUCCAACACACUCGCCCAACUAAGCAGCGCCAUGACAGAGGAGGAAAAGAUGGCGGCAGUCUUUCAGGCACAAACCGAAAACUUCACCGCCCGCGAGGAAGAGAUGGCCACGCAACAAUACGUGGCCAAGGGAGGUCCCAAGAAACCGGCCAACGUUCCCGACCAUGACCCUCCCCAGGGCUACAUAUGCUAUCGCUGCGGAGAGAAGGGUCACUGGAUUCAGCUGUGUCCAACCAACGACAACCCGGAGUACGACAACCGCCCCCGCGUCAAGAGAACCACUGGCAUCCCGCGAUCAUUCCUCAAGACAGUGGAUAAAGCGACAGCGCUUGGCCAGAACUCCGAUGGCGACGACUCCAAGACUCCCUCUGGCAUCAUGGUCAAUGCUGAUGGAGAGUUUGUGAUUGCCGAACCUGACAAGGCAUCCUGGGAGCAAUUUCAGGCCAAGGCGAAGGUGAACCCCUCUGCGGCAAAGGCUGCCGCCGAGGAGGACAAGGAAGUCCGGGAGCGGGGCUUGGAGUGCCCCGUCGACAAGAAAAUGUUCAUAGAGCCAAUGAAGACUCCGUGUUGUGAGAAGACGUAUUGCAAUGAUUGCAUCACUAAUGCUCUCAUUGAGAGCGACUUCGUCUGCCCGGCCUGCAAGUCGGAUGGCGUGCUGAUCGACGAUCUCAAACCGGACAAAGAGGCUGUCAAGAAGAUUGAGGCAUAUCUUGGCGAGAAGGAUGGUAGAACGAAGGAGGAGUUCAAAAUCCCCGAGAGUCCUGCCGCGGCGAAGCCUCAGGAAGCCGCGGACGGGAAUGGAGAGGACAGAAAGGCCGACGCAAAACAAGCCAAGUCAAAAUCGCCAUCACCUUUACCCACAGCGCCAGCUACGACCCAACCAGGCCAGACAUCCACUCCAACAUUGCGAAGCGCCUCGUCAACACCCGCCGGUGGCGAGCAGGCCCAGCCUUCCAAGAAGCGGCCCGCAGAGGACGCUUUGGAGAACCCCAAGAUUCCCAAGGCGCCGAAAGCGAUGCAAAAGGCACAGGAAGCACAGCAGCAAAAUAUGAUGCCAAUGAUGGGCGGCAUUCCCAUGAUGUAUCCCGGCAUGCCCAUGAUGCCUGGCAACUACAUGCCCCCAAUGGGCGGCCUGCCCAACAUGAACAUGGGCAUGAUGAAUCCCAUGAUAAACCCCAUGAUGGCCGGCUACAGCGGUAUCAACAACAUGGCCGGUCCCGGCGGGUUCAACGGAACUUGGGCCGGCCCAGGAGGCCCCGGCAACAUGAUGGGCGGCGGCGGGCCCAUGAACGGGAUGGGUAUGGGCAUGGAGAUGGGGUUGGGCACGGGCACGGGCACGGGCACGGGCGGCGGGUACGGUCACCAGCAGCAGCAACACCAACAGCAAUUCCAUGGCCAACAGCAGCAGUAUUUCGGCCAGCACAAGAAUUUCUCGUACCAGGCUGCUAGUGGUGGUGGUGAGGAGGAUGACGCGUACUUCCGCAAGCCUGUCAACCCGCACCGGCACCAGAACCGGCAGCGCAGAGUCCGACCGAGCGAUUACAGGGAGCUUUGA